GUCUUUUUUAAAUAAAUAACGAGUUUUUUUAAUUGACGUUAAUUUAUGUUUUUAAAGAUAUUAAGAAAAAGUCAAGUAAAUAGUUCGUCAAAGUUAAGAAAUGUUUCUUUAAAUAUCUUAAGGAUUCGACAUUUUUAUACAGAGAAAGUAUGUAAUGAGAAGGCAAAAGCAGAAGUUAAGGAAGGGAAAAGAAAGUUAAAGAGUAGCGAUGAAAAAAAUAUUCAAGAUAAAAAAGCGAUAUCAGAAGAAUCGGAUUAUAUUAAAUGGGUUUUAGAUCCAAUGCAAGGUGGUCAAUAUGUAAAACCGUUAUCUAAAGCAGGCACGAAUUUUAUUAAUCAAAAAGAAUACCCAUAUCCAUUAAAUCCUAAAUUUAAACCAGUACCUCCAUUAAGUCUUCAAAUAAGAAGAAAUAUAUAUGAGAAAUGGAAACAAGGAAAAAAUUUAAGAGAAAUAUCAGAUAUGUUUAGUAUAAGUGUUGCACGUGUAGAAGCGAUUCUUCGUCUUGCUGAGGUUGAAUCUAAAUGGCAUCGAGAGAAAAAAACUCUUAAUUCAUAUGCUCAAACUAUGCAUAACAUGCUUGGUUCUGGUAAAAAUAAGUCACUUAAUGAGCCUCGAUUUUUUGUUUUUACCCCAUCUGAAUCUCAAAAUUUUACUUUAAUACAUGAAAAUUCUUAUUUUACUUCAAAAGAUGCAGCUGAUGAAUUACAAAGAUGUCUAUAUUCUGAUUUAAAAGAGAAAGUAAUACAAUCUCAAUCGAAUACAUUGUUACAUAAUAAACAUGAUAUUUCAAAUAAAGAAUCAGGAUUACAAAAAGAAAUAACUAAUUUAAUUCCACAGAAAAAUAGAUUUGAUUUAAAAGUUGUUGAUUCUAAUACGGGUAAUACUUGGUUACUAUCUAAAGGUGUCUUGAAACAAAUUAAAGUUAAAUAAUUCUAAUGAAAAAAAAAAACAAUAAUAUAUAUUAACUACUAAAGAA